AUGUAUGAGAGGAUGCGACCACUCCACCGGCCAAAUCCUUCGCCACCAAGCCCCCUCCAUCAGGCAUGGCAUGGCCGCACUGUUUCAGUCCAACCGCCACCGCCGGAGCUCCCGCAGUUCCUCCAGAUGGGCCGCCGUUGGGUCGAGGAGACCGACCAGCUACCGCCGCCGCCCUUGUGCUCCCUGCCGUCGCUCCGCCGGAAGACGACCUCGAGGGCGGAGGAAGAGGAGAGGACGGGGACGAGGAGAGGAGUGGGCGUCGCCACCGCCAACCUCCGUGCGCCUCGCUGCUCCUCCACCUCCGGCUGGCCCGUCUCCGACCGCGCCCGUCGCCGGAGCGGAUCCGCCCCCGCGCCGGCCCAUCUUCGGCCGCGCCCGACGCCUCCGGUCGCCAUCGCCGCGGAUCCGCCCCGCGCGAGCUCGUCGCUGGAGCGGAUCCACCCGGCGCCGGCCCGUCUCCGGCCGUGCCUGGCGCCUACAGUCGCCGCCGCCGUGGAUCGGCCCCGCGCGAUCCCUUCUCCGGCCGCUCCCGCCUCACCUCCACCAGCCGCCACCGACGCCACCACCCGAAUCGGACGCCCAAGCCGUGGUGACCCCCUGCAGGCACCUCCAUCACUCGGGCUGACCUCUCCUUCUCCGGCCGGUUCCUCCAGAUGCGCCGCCGCGCGUAGGGAUUGGGGGACGGGAGGAGGACUGGGAACCAAUCGUGUGGUGGUCUAG